AUGAGUUCCCCAGGCGGUGGUUUCUACAAGUAUCGCUGCAAGUACUUCUUCACCUUCGAAUGCAAGAACUGGGUAUGGGUCAACGACACGCCAUGCUCAACCUGUCUUGCCAUGGGUCGUGAUGACGAGCCUUACCCAGCGUCAACCUUGGCUGCGCCGAGAGACAUCAUGGCGCCGCACGUCAACAACGGCGUCCUCCAGUAUGCGCACAUGGAGGUGGCCGUGUCAGAUCAGGGCGAGGAAAGCCUCAUCUUCUUCCGGUCCAAGGCCCUGCGACCACCUCCGGCCAUGCCCGUCACGACGAUGAUGCCUCGAGCAGGCACCCUCAUGGCCAGCGCUCACUAA